AUGGAAUGCUCUUACAAGUCACGAUCAGAGAGGUCGCGGCCUAAAUACCGCUUAUGCAGCACCUGCGAGAGAUUGGAGUUGGACGUGCUGUUUCGCGAUGAAACCAGCCAACAAGCUAUCGGCUGGAUUUCAGAAUACGACGACCCAGACUGUCCGUUCUGCAGCCUCAUCUCCGAAGCGGUUGGCCGCGCCUGGGGAACGUCCGAUAAGGGUCUAGCAGGGAAAUGCGAGCUCUUCAUCCAAAGCCGGAGUCCCUUGUCCGUUCAGGAAGACGGCUACACCCGACAUCCCCACCCCAGGAUUCUGUUGGCAACUAACCAGGAGCCUCCAAAGUUCCACCACAACCAAAUGCCGUUGAGACAGGUUGAUAGGGUAAAGACGGGGUUUAUUAUCGCGGAAAUCGAAUCUCUACCAAAUAACGGGUCAGAAGUAAACUACCUCCCGCGCCGAGAAAUCGGAAAGCAUGUCGAUAUCGCACUUGUGAAAGGCUGGCUCGAUGAGUGUCAGAGACAUCAACAUUCUAGGCCGUCUAAAGAACAAAACGUUGAUAACGACCUUUUUCAACCCCAAUCCCCUUUUCGGCUUAUUGACGUAGAUAGGGACUGCAUAGUAGAGAAAGAUAAAAGAUGUGGCUAUGUUGCCCUGUCAUACGUUUGGGGCGACACUCCUACCAUCCUCUGUUCAGGAGGCAAGAACCAGGAAACAAUUCCUAUCCUCGUAACACUCCGACAAAAUAUAAAAUAUGUGAAGGCUGAUAAAAGCCUGUCCGAAUCAGGGACAAAAUCGCGAUUAGCGGGGCGGAUUCCUCGGACAGUUAGAGAUGCCAUGGAAUUCACACGAAGAAUCGGGAUGCGAUAUUUGUGGGUUGAUACUCUAUGUAUCAUCCAGGAUGAUCAUAAGGAUAGGGACCGACUUAUCGCGCGAAUGGGCGAUAUAUAUAACUCUGCGGCUGUGACUAUUAUCGCCGCAGCGGGCAGGAACUCAGACGCUGGAUUAAGCGGCAUUAGUCCUCGGGCAGGACGUCCUAUUAAACCGGUCCCAAUAAUCACUUCAGACGGUACUGUUCUUAACCUUUCAGUUUGCUUGUCAUCGCUUUGCGAGGAGGUUCGAAGGGAAACUUGGAACACACGCGGUUGGACAUUCCAAGAACAGUCCCUAUCGCAACGUUGCCUGUACUUUACCGCAGACGAGGUCUUUUUCAACUGUGGCGAAUGCCAGCGGAGAGAGGGUUAUGAUUAUGCAGUAAAGGGAACAAUUAACAAAGAGGUGAAAAUCGAGGUUAGGACAGGGCCGCCAUGGUGGAACAGGAAUCUCAGGCGCGAUCUCGAUCCAACACCGUAUCAUUAUUUAGGGGGUACGAGCGGUAGGGAGUUGGAUGCGCAAACCUACCAAAUUGCGGUGCAGGAAUACACCCGGAAACAUCUCACGUACCCUUACGAUAUAUUUAACGCGUUUGAGGGUAUCUUCAACAGGGCCGAGAUCACUAGAAGCGCCCCUUUGGAGAUUUUGAGCAUUCGCCAGGCGCAGGCCAUCCCUUCUCACCUGCUUUACCGAGCACUACUCUGGUUUCCCGUACACGGGGCAGAGAGGCGGCCGUGCAGAACUACCGGACCAUCAGGGAGGUCGACUGAAAAAUUCUCGUUGUGGUCGUGGGUUUCUUGGGUUGGCCCAGUCGAAUUUGUUUUCGCAGAUAAUCUCUGGUUGCCUAGGAAAAUAUCACAGGCUCCUGUUAAGCGCGUGCGCUUACAUGUCCCUAUCGUACGUUGGUAUUACGGGGGCUCAAAACUGAAGCAUUGGACCACGGGUGUUUGGAAAACCGCGUUCGAAGGCCGAGACUGCGAUACAAACAGCGAACACGGCGAGAAGGAAGUUGUCCGCACUAAAGAUUAUCUUCAAUCUCGUAUUGGAAUAGAUAUCAAGGUGUUACUGGACGGCUCAUCAGGAAAAAGUAUAAAAGUGUUUCAUAGGCUGAGUUGCGGCGAGCUUGGGUUCUUCGCGCCCUAUGUGGCAGCCAGACAAUUCCAUGUGACGAUCGCACCAGGUAGCCUCGUUGGAAACUUAGAUGUAUCUGGCCAUUCGGGAGAGUUCAGAUUCGACGAUGGAGACGAACUAAUAGAUGAGCUCGUUCCUAUCGUUGCUGCUAAUGUUACUAGAAGCACAGAUGCGCAAUCCAUCUUUUUGGGUCUGACUACGCACAGGGGCGUUUCGAGGAGAGUAGGAAUUGGAUACGUAUAUUAUACGAGAGAAAACUUGCCUAAACCGCAGUGGAGAUAUAAAUUCUUCAAACUGAAGUAG